AUGCUUGUAUGCAAGCUGGAGGAGUUUCCAUCGCUAAAGGCACCGUACAUAAACAACAAUAGGUUUCGUCGGAAGAAGCGUCGGCUGAUACUGUACUCACUGUAUGUAUUUUCUGUGCUGGUGAUAUACAGGUUGCUAAUGACAUCGUAUUGGUUGUAUUCGCUUGACAUAGACAGUCUUUCAUUGAACAAGAUUGUAUAUGACACAAGGAUGUGGACGAAGAUCGAUGUAGAUGUUCUACUUGCGAAUAGUAGGUCUCCAAUUGAUGUGAACUUUACAAACAUUCAGAUUAGCCUGGUUAGCGUUGACCAAGAUGAAGAGAGAUUAUUACUAACAUUGAUUGUACCUGCGGUGAGCCUGAAAAAAGGAAAAAAUGUUGUGUUUAAUGGAAGCAUAUACAUUGAUAAAAUAGACAAGAAGAACCUGGGAAUGGCGAUUCUAUGUACCAAAUUUGCAUUGAAGGUCGAUUCGAGGUUGUAUCCACGCAUAUGCUUCAUCAGAUUUCCAUUCAAACGCUCGUUGAGCUUUUCGCUCGACAGUCCAGCAUCUAAGUCUCGUAGACGGAUUGAGCUCGAGAAGGUUCAUUUUGAGACAAGUGAGAAUCGCUUGUUAGUGUAUCUGUUUGUUAACAACACACGGCUUAUGGUUCCUAAAUUUAUUGCAAUAAGGAGUCAAGGAAUCUGCAUACUUCUAGGCACAAAGACAAGCCUAGUGAGGGUUUCGAUUGGUUAUAUCGACCUGCAUGACUCGUUUUUUGAAAAUCCACUGAGAAUUGAGUUCCAUGUGACUAGGUCAGCGCAUAAAUGGGUAAAGAACAAUAUUAUAGCAGCAUUGAAAGGUAGAGAGACAGGUUUCCGAGUAGACAGCAUAAAAUUUUUCAGCCCGUUUGUAUUGGGUAUUGAUCCUUUGGAUGUUGGACUGACUUUUGGCAUUAAUGCUGGAGAAGACACUGAUUACGAUGUUGUGCUUACAAGGAAGGCCAAGCCGCAGAAGCCGUGGAAGCCAGCGCCUACAAGCAGCGUAACUAUUUUAUUUGAUGAAGAUCAAUGCAUAAACCUGAAGAUGGCUAAGAAGAAAAUCCCGCUUGUCAGCAAUGACACAGAGAUAAGCAUGAGUAACACAGGAACAACAUUCAUAAUGCUUCUUAAUCGGAAGCACCUCAUAUCGUUCAAUUCAUCUAUAGAUGAUGCGGAAGGAUGUGUUGUCUUGAAGUUGAAUCCUGAGAAUAUGCACAUGCUGAAUCUUGUUAAUGGGUUGAUAUCCACUGUAAAGGCACCUGGAAUUGAUAUUGUUAUGAAUUGUUCGAAUAUACUGGGACUUGUUUUGAAUGAUAUAAAGGUCUCAUUUGGAUUCAAUGGAAGGAUGCGCCUGAGGCUAGGAAGGUAUAAGCUUAUUGACAGAAAACCAACUGGUGAAAACAAUGCAUUUGAUAUAGAGCAUUGUAUAUACAAUCUAAAUGAAGAGAUGGUGGUGGACACGAUUUUAAAGUUUAAUUCGAUUAGUGAUUGCUAUACAAAUGAAUAUGUACGCUUAGUUCAUUCAGGAGCAGUUUAUUGCAUGAAAGACCUUGAUAUUGGAGUUAAAAUCAGCAUUGAGGCAUUUGAGGCAUGGUAUGUGGCAUGUGGUCCAUUAUCUAGAUGCCUAUAUGGACGUGUAUUGAUUAGAACGCAGAUAAGCGAUUCAUUUGAAAAGAUACUGGAGCAUUUUGAAAAACAUUCUAAGCAGUCGAAUGAAGGAAAGAAUAAUGAGUUGAGGAGUAUUAUGGAAUUACUGGAGAACAGAAGAUCUAGUAAAGAAAGUGGUAUGAAGAUGGAUUCUAAAUACAGAACAAUUGCAGAACCUGAUGAAGGCAAUACUGAUAUUGAAUAUGAACAAAGAGCAGCAAAUAACACAAUUGAAGCUAAGAUAGAAGGGGGUUUAGACGAUUCUACGGAUGAUGAGCAGUAUGACGAUGUUUCUUAUGAAGAAGAAAGAGGAGGAUUUAUUGGAAAUGUGAACGUAAGGCACGAUAAUACGAAACCUAAGGAGUCUGGAAAGUAUUUUUUUGAUGUUGAUAUAAAUGAUGGGCGGAUUGAUGUUGAGAAGGGAUUGUGUUUCAGGAAUGAGAUACAGAUAGCAAAUACAAGCAUUGGAAUAUGCUCUAAGAGCAGUUUGAUGAAAAUGAAUGGAAUGAGCCAACAAGAAUUGAUGGAUAUAGCACCUGUAAAGCUAAAUUUUAAUUCAAUUCAGAUAUGUUGUGUAUGGAGAGGCAGUCUUGGUGUGUGGCUGGAGCGAAGUAAACCUAUUGAGAUUGGAGUGACAAUUUUGAAUCUCAAGGAAGCGAUGCAGCUGAUGAAUGGAGAACUUGUAAUUGUGAUGAAUGAGGAUGACAAGACAUUACGCAACAUAAAAACAUUGAUGAAUGCAUAUAUGAGUAUUAAUAAAGAGAAGGAGAAGUACAAGAUGAAGUCUAAGGAAGGCAUUGAUGCUAGCAUUAGCAUUAAAAAGAGAAAUGAGAAAGAUUCUGUUGAUACUUAUGAGAUUGAUUGCAUUAUGUGUGUUCCAAAGAAGGUUAUCGGAUAUAUAGGGUUGAUUGAUGUACCUAGCAUUGAGGUUAAAUUAGUCAAGAAUAUAAUUGAGUAUGAUGAUGUUAAUGGACAUAUUUUAUCGAUAAAAGUUUAUACAAAGCCAGAUAGUGGAGAUGAGUAUAAGAGGAAUGUGGAGUAUGGGAUCCAGUUGUGUGUAUCUGCAGUUGAAGAGCAUCAUGAUCCGAUUAGAAUGAUUUUGAUGAUUAAUGGGAAUGAGUGUGAAGAUGCAAUUUUUAUGCCUGAAGAGUAUAAAAAGAUGAUGGAAGAUAUGACUAUGCUUUUUGGAAAAAAAGAAGUUGGAAAUAGAAAUAGAAAGAAAACAAUAGUGAAGAUUGAGAGCAUCAAUGAAUUUGGUGUUGAAGGAUUGGUAAACGGAUUUUGUAUAGAUAGAAACAAGUGGUUUAUAAGGAUAAACGACGAACGUAUGAAAGAGUUUGUAUUUUGCAGAUUGCCGAACAUUUUUUUGAAUUCGCCUGCUUUUUCAAUGGUGCCUUCUGGAGUUAGAAUGGUUUUUAGAGUGGACAAGGAUGUUAUUAAUGCAUGUGUGAAAUCAAAAAAGAAGAAUCCAUGGAAAGAGACUGGACGUGGGACGAAAGUGGAAUUUGAUCGUGGUUUGAAGAAUGGCCACAAAAUAUUUGAGUUUUGCUUUUCAGAUAUUGAAUGUUCAGAAGCAAUCAGGUACGACUUUUCAUCACUUAAUGUAUUACGCCUUGAUGGACGAAAAAUGUUGAAAUGCGAAGACUAUCAUAAUCCAUUUGUUGGAACCAAUGAAUACAAGAACUGGAAUGCUUCUUUAAUGAUUGCAGGAUCAUUCAAUGCAUGGAAUGAAGGAAUUCUAAAUGUUCAUGAUGUUUGGUGUGAAAUGCCAUUUGUGUCAUUCAUAUCAAGGCUUAUGCCAAAAAGAAACAAUACAAACAAGACUGAGAAGAAUUAUGCAGGAAUGUAUACGAAGUUUGGCCUUCCUUUUGAGAUCUACAUUGAUAGUAAUCUUAUUUUUGAGAUCAACAUAGUAUCGAAGCGUAAUGAUAAAGUUUUAUUGUCAACUGCGCUGAGGAAGUCAAGGCAUGAAACAAACUCCUUAUUUGUAGUGACUACUAUUCCUCCUGGAUCGUAUAUUUUGGACAUGAAUCAUUUACGACAUCUUCUGGACACUUUGUUUGGAAGUGGUCGCAAUAACACAAUUAUUCAGGACGUCACAAUCAAUGUGUUCGUGAACAAAAGAAAAUGUAGUAGAUUUAAUAACAGAAUCGAGAUAGACGGCAAGGAGAUAAAAAAGAAAGAUGUAAUGAAAGCAAUCGUAUUCAUUCUUGACAAAAGAGCAGUAGGAAUCAGUGAUAUGGCAUUGAACCGUUAUUUAAAGAAGCUUGAUUAG